AUGGGCAAUGAACAAUCAGCACCAACUUCAUCAGUACCAGCAGGUACAGAAUUAGCUACAAUGCCAAUUCGUCGUAACACAACUAACUAUGCUUCCACAGCUGGCAGCUCAUCCAUCACAGCCUCCUCCACAAACAACAACCUUCUCAACAAUAGUACUACAUCCAACAAUCACGAUCCUAACAAUAAUUCAAAUAAUCAAAAUAAUGGAAAUUUCCUCUCCCUCCUCACCACCUCCCAAACAUUAAUUUAUGGCUAUGCAAACAAUGCCUCCCAUCAAGUUGAUCCAUUCCGAUCCAAUGUAAAACAAUUGGCCGAUUUAAUCAGACCAAAUGCUCUUCAACUCGCUCCUCAGGAAGGCUUCUUUCAUAUCAGCGUCAUGUUGGAUGAAAUCUGCAAGACUCACGAAGACAUUUUAAAUAACUAUCGUAAAUAUUUGCCACUGGUAGAGUUUGCAUUGAGCGGGAAAACUGAGAACAAUGUAUUGUUUGGAUCAGGUGGUGGUGGGAGUAUUUUUGGCGCCACUUCUUCAUCUGCCUCCUCUUCAAAGGAAGCCUUUGAAAAAUUGUUAUUCUCUCUAAAAAAUCACAUUAACAAUACGAGGAAUGCUAUUGAGGGAUUGGUUGCUGCUUCGGAGAGUUAUGAGAGGAGAAGUUUAAAGGCUAGUAAUCAAUCGUCGCAUUCUCAGACUGCUUCAAUGGUUAAUUUGUUACCAACUUCGGGAAUUACUUCGUUUGAUUGGUCGACAAUUGCUAAUAAGAAGAAAUAUUUUCAAAUUAAGGAUGAAAUUGAAAUAUUGCUAACAUACCACUUGGAAGAAUUACGUGGAUAUAAAGAAAUUGUGGAAAAGGCUAAUGCAAAAGGAGAUACAGAAGUUAAUGUAGCAACUAUAAUUUCUGAUGAAUUUGCUGCAGAAUUUUGGAAAACUAAUUGUGGAGCUAAUGUAUUUUCUAUUGAUAAGGAAGCAUUUAUUGACUUGUUGGAUGCUAACUUUCAGGGUUGGUCUAAACGUGUAAAAAAAACAUGGGUUGAGGAGAUAUCAGAGCUCAUAGAUCCAACCUGUGACAGUGUUGUUUCCAUUGUAGAUUUCAAAACUGUUUUACAAUGGUUCGGUCCUUUCACAAUUUCCUUCUUUACACCUAUGGACAGUUUUUUAGCCCAGAAACAUUUUUGGGGAAGUAUUUCAUCCAUGGAAGCUCAACACUUACUUGAUUCCCAGGAGCCUGGUACUUUCCUCAUUAGAUUUUCUGAAAUUGAAGCUGGUGCUUUUUCUAUAAGUGUUGUAGAACAAGAGAGUGAUGACAAUUUAGGUCUCUCAGGUGGUGAAUCUACCAUUUUCAAGCAAACUUCUCACUUUAUAUUGAGAAGGAAAAAGGAAGACCAAAAAUUCCUCUUUAUUCUUUGUGAAAAUGAUACUGAAUUCAAAUGUGAAACUGUUGAUCAAUUAAUCAAACAAUAUCGUUUGACAUUUAAAUAUCCAUUCACUGAUGAAACUCAAAAAUUAGAAGUUAAACAACAAGAGGACGAGUUGGACUUUUUCAAUUUUAUGAAAUCAACAGCUGCUCUCAGUGCUCUUGACGAUGAUGAAGAAAACUCAAACUUUGUAAAAUUCAGAGGAAGAAUUGUUGACAAGUCCAUUGCCAAGCAAAAUGAAAAAGUUCCUCCAAACUCUACCAAAAAGACACCAACUUCAGCCACACUCAGCACUCCAAAACCAUCUGGUCACAAUAGAGUUCUCUCAACAGCUAGUAGUAGUGGAAAUUCUUCUCCAGUACCAAAUACUCCAACUACCAUUGCUGUAGCUUCACCGACAACCACUCCUUCUACCACUCUUCCAUCUGAUAAGAAUAUCACUACACCACAACCAGCAGCAUCAUCAUCAUCUGCAACAGUUAGUAGUAGUGCCAAUUCUACCACCAGUAGUAGUAGUACACCAUCAAUAGAUGAAAAUAAUAUUGCUCUUGAGGAAAAGAAGCAAUAAUUUCAAGAUUAGUUUGAUUUAAUUGAAUCAUUAAAUCUUUAAAUUAUUAUC